GGGAGGGGCGCGGUGCUCGGCGCUGCACAGACGGGCCCGGACCCCCCCGGCGCACAGCGGGAAACUGAGUGGCAGUGCCCAGCAUGCGCCUGGCCGGACCAUGGGCUCCACGCGGGUGACGGCGAAGGAGCUGUGUGAGAACGACGACCUGGCCACCAGCCUGGUGCUCGACUCCUACCUCGGCUUCCGGACCCACAAGAUGAACGUCAGCCCACUCCCCGCUAUCCGGAGGCAGCACCACCUACGGGAGGCGGUGGAGGCGUUUCGCCGGCGCCGGGACCUGGACGCCACCUACCGCGCCCUCAUGCUGGGCGAAUGGGCUGGCUCCUACUUCAAGAGCCGCAGUCGCCAGCAGGAGACGGCACUGAAAACCCACAUACUCCGCUACCUCCGCAUCUUUCUCCCGGAGAGCGGCUUCGCGAUCCUACCGUGCAGCCGCUACUCCCUGGAGACCAACGGCGCCCAGGUGGUGUCUACGAAGUCCUGGAGGAAGAACGACAAGCUGGAGCUGCUGGUGGGCUGCAUCGCGGAGCUGACGGAGCCAGACGAGAGCCUGCUGCGAGCCGGGGAGAACGACUUCAGCAUCAUGUAUUCCACGCGCAAGCAAUGCGCCCAGCUCUGGCUGGGCCCCGCCGCCUUCAUCAACCACGACUGCAGGCCAAACUGCAAGUUCGUCCCGACGGAGGGGAACACGGCCUGCGUCAAGGUACUCAGGGACAUCGAGCCGGAGGACGAGAUCACCUGCUUCUAUGGCGAUGGUUUCUUCGGGGAGAACAACGAGCUGUGUGAAUGCCGCACCUGUGAGAGGAAGGGGGAAGGCGCCUUCCGGCUGCGGGGGAAGGCCCCCUCGCAAUCUACCUCAGCCCAGAAGAAAUACCUGCUCCGGGAGACGGACGGGCGGCUGCAGCGCUGGAAGGGGCGGGUCUGCAAACAGGGGCAGCAACAGAGCACGAGGCGUCGGCGCAGGGCCCGGCGCAGGAGGGAGCGUGGCUGCGCUUCCCGGCUCCAGGCUCUGUGCCGUGGGCCGGCCUCCUCUCUCGCGGCUCUGGGCGCCGGCCCGGUGAAGGACCUGCGCAUCUCCCUGCACGACUGCGUGGCCUGCCGGGCCGCGGGGGGAGCCGGCUGUCGGCUGCGGAAGCCGCUCUGGGUCACCCUGCCGUGGUGGCGCCCCAGGGCCGGGCAGUCUGGCCCUGCGCCGGCCGGCACCCUCGGCCUCCGUCGCUCUCUGCGCAGACGCCGCCGGGCGCAGCGGGACGACAGCUGCUGCACGGCCGCCGGCCUGGGGGUCCCCUGUUCCACGCCGCCCGGCCCGACCUACGUGGAGCUGGGGGGGAGGCUGCCGAGGGGGCUGGCAGGGCAGGGCUCUGGGGCGAAAUACCCCCUGGCUGGGGAGCAGCACACGGUCAGAGCCGCCGGGAGCUGCCUCAGACAGGGCCUGCAGGAGACUCGGCCGUGCGCAAGGCCCUCGGGCGGAGUUCUGCAGCUCCGGGCUGGGGUCACGGGGCCCCCUAGUGGAGCUCUGAAGCUGUGCGCUAGGGACACACAGCUCCGUGCUGGGGACUCAGGGCCCCCUGGGGGAGCUCUGGAGCUCCGCGCCGGGGACUCAGGGCCCCCUGGGGGAGCUCUGGAGCUCCGUGCUGGGGACUCAGGGCCCCCUGGGGGAGCUCGGGAGCUCCAUGCUGGGGACUCAGGGCCCCCUGCUGGGGGGACACAGCUCCACGCUGGGGACUCAGGGCCCCCUGGGGGAGCUCUGGAGCUCCGCGCCGGGGACUCAGGGCCCCCUGCUGGGGGGACACAGCUCUGCGCCGGGGACUCAGGGCCCCCUGGGGGAGCUCGGGAGCUCCAUGCUGGGGACUCAGGGCCCCCUGCUGGGGGGACACAGCUCCAUGCUGGGGACUCAGGGCCCCCUGGGGGAGCUCUGGAGCUCCGUGCUGGGGACUCAGGGCCCCCUGCUGGGGGGACACAGCUCCGUGCUGGGGACUCAGGGCCCCCUGGAGGAGCUCUGGAGCUCCGUGCUGGGGACUCAGGGCCCCCUGGGGGAGCUCUGGAGCUCCGUGCUGGGGACUCAGGGCCCCCUGCUGGGGGGACACAGCUCCGUGCUGGGGACUCGGGGCCCCCUGGGGGAGCUCUGGAGCUCCGUGCUGGGGACUCGGGGCCCCCUGCUGGAGGGACACAGCUCCGUGCUGGGGACUCGGGGCCCCCUGGGGGAGCUCUGGAGCUCCGUGCCCCUGCUCCUCAGCCCCCCAGCCAGCUGGUCUGUCGGACCAGGAGCAUGGCCCGGCGGCAGGCCAAGGCCACACUCCCUGCCAGGUCCCACCCUCCCACCCCGAGCCGCCGGCGGCCGGCCAGCAAGGCGCUUCCGGGCAGAGACGACCCCAAGCUCUCCCUCUACGCCCACGUCCAUCUGGAGCCAGUGAGUCCGCGCCGCGCGGAGCAGGAGGAGCCCAAACGGACGGUGACCUUCCACCCCUUUGUCCCCCCGAAACGCCUGCGGCUGGUGGUGAGCCAUGGCUCUAUCGACCUCGACGUUGCCUCCAGCGAGGAGUCGGCCUGAGGCUCCGGGGCCAGGAGGGGCUCAGCUCCCUCUGCACCUGGCUGACCCCCGCCGCCCCCCCGCCCACGGGAUUGCACUGAGCGCCGCCCACCUACCCCAUUGGACAGAGCUUUUCCGGGGCUCCUCCCAUGCCAGGGGGCCCCGGGGUUUAACCGGGCCCCUUGGGGGUUAUUUAUAGUCAGUUGGACAGGAGGCCCCAGGCCUCGUAAGGGGUGUGGAUGCGAACAGGUUCCUGGGACGUGGGGCCUUUCCCCUCUAGGGGGCGCUGGCCCAGGUCUGGCCCCAGGGCAGGGACUGGCUGGCUCAUGGGGGUGGG